AAAACAAAUGUUUAUCAAACUACAGUUACAUUAUAUUUGUUCAAGUUAUCUGUUUAACUGAUAAGCACAAUACUCUUGAUUAAAGUAUACUACGAAAGAAUUAAAAUGGCAAACAAUCAUAUAUAUUUAUGUUAAUUGUAAAGGAAAUUUAGACAAGGUGAUUUGCUUUUGCAUUAUGUAAAACCUCGUUCAUUUUUGUAGUUAAAACGAAAACAUAACUGAAACCAAAACUCUAUAUGUUUCAGUUCUGUUUCUGAGUUUCUAUUUUCAGGUAAUGUGGAGUCCAUGCUUAAAACUGUAGGGAUGAGGUGAAAAUAGAAACAAAACUCAUCACAAAAGAAAAAAGAAACAAAAAAAAAAUGAGUGACAUAAAAGAGGUAAAAGAUUUGUUUAGUAAAAAAUUUACUUUUAAUGUCAAAAGUUCAUUGCCAAAUGUAAAUAAGUUAUUUAAGUCUGAAAGAUGGGAAAUAGAAGAAUUAAUGGUAAUGAAAGAUGAACUUAAUCGAGUGAAAAGUAAGUUAGAUGAUAAAGAUAUUAUUAAGUGGAAGAAGCAUACAAAUUAUACAAAUAAAGCUGGCAAAGUGAAAUAUAAAGUAAGAAUGGAAAUUGGACCUGAACUGUUAACCCAAGCAUGGUUAAAAUUUGUUGAAAUUGCUUCUACAUAUACUAUUAUACCAAAUGAUGAGAAAAAAGUUUAUACAUUUCAUCUGUGUGAAGCUCCUGGAGCUUUUAUUUCAGCUCUUAAUCAUAUUCUAGUAAUGAGGAAUAAAAACCUUGAGUGGCAAUGGAUGGCUAACACACUUAAUCCACAUUAUGAAGGAAACUGCUCUUCUUCAACAAUUACGGAUGAUAAUUUCAUUCUUCAUACCCUUGAUAAUUGGUAUUUUGGUAAAGGUAAUUUAUGUAAUUCAACAUUUAAACUAUAAUAUAUAGAAUUUUUGUCAAUAUUCAUAUUGUAUGGAGCUUUUAUGCUUUUUCAGUUUACUAAUGGAGUCCUUUAUAAGGAAUUUAGUAAAUUUUAACAAACACACAACUAUUAUAAAGGAUAUUGUGAAGAUUAAUUUUAAUGUGAUUAUAAAAUGAGGAAAGAAUGUACUUUAUAGUAAGCCAACAGAAGAGGAGUUUACAUCCAAAAUGCAUCUUGGCAAUUAUUAAAGUGGAUAUAUUGAUAGUCUAUUGCCCUAUUAUGACACUUCAUUGUGUGUAAGUGAAAGUAACAAAGAAAAGGCACAGUUUCAUUAUAAGAAAACAUUGUUUUUUUUAUUGAGGCAGAGCAUUAAAUGUAGUUUUUAAAUUAUGUUUAUUACAUAAAUUAAAUCUACAAUGUUGUAUGAUUCUAUAUUUUUUUGGUAGAAAAAUUUACCCAAAAAAUUAACUGAAGUGAAUUAAAUGAAAUGCAUAUAAAAAAAGUGAGAAUUAGUAACCAAUAAACUUUCCAUUUAAAUUAAUUAGUUUAAAUAAUAACAAUCCACAAAACCUUUUCUUACAAAUGUUAUGUCUGUAGUAAACUCCACAAAC